AUGAUAAGCAACACAAAAGAGACAAUACAUCAUCCAUGGGAAAGAACUAUAAAACAUGUUUAUAAUGACUUUAAACAUGGACAUAACACCGUAAAUAAUCCUAAUUAUCCUGAGAAAACAGUAUGUGCCCAAGUUAAAGAUAGAGUCAAGAUUUCGAUUAUCGGAAAUAGAGUCGUAAAGGAGUUCAUAAGCUGCGUACAUUUAGUAAAAACAAUGCAUAAAUACCGCCCAAAAACAUUCGACACUCCUUCAAUUAGAGAAGUAACAACAGUAGAGUGGCCAAAAGUUUGGAACGAUUUGAAGUUACAAUACGGUGGUCUGGCAUAUUGCUUAGAAAAUCAAGUCGCCGUUAUUCUAAAUGAUAAAUUUCUUGGCGGUGAAAAAGAACUCAAGGAAAUCAUACAGUCAAGAUAUCAUUAUAACUUUCAUUUAGACUACUAUAAAGAAGGAAUAAACAAUUUUGCGAAUUUCAUAAGAACUUCUGGGAGACCAUGUGCCUACAUGCAUAUUGUAAUAGAUUGUGAAUAUGCAGGUACUUUGAUUUUCAUGCUCUACGCAGACAUAGUUCCGUAUACAUCAGAAAAUUUUCUUCGCCUGUGCCGAGACAAAAAAGGUGGGUAUUCGGGGACUCCUGUACAUAGAAUUGUUAAAGAUGGUUGGAUUCAAUGCGGUGGAUUUGGUCUAAAAAAUACAGAUUUGGAUUGCGAAAAUUUUAUCGUCCCACACGAUAGGCGCGGCGUCCUCUGUAUGGCAAACGAUGGAAGACAUAUAGAUUGUUCCACUCAAUUCUUCGUUUUAUUGCAACCGGCACCAUGGAUGGCUCAUAAAUAUGUUGCGUUUGGACAAUUAAUUGACGGAGAAUCAACUUUAAAAGCAAUUGAAUCCGUACCAACAUUUUACGAGUCUCCAAAAUGUGAUAUAACAAUACAGAAAGCUGAUAUAUUAAACUUGGAAUGUCAAGACAUAAAAAUAAAUAAAAAUACCAAUGAAUAUUUACAAAAGCACAUUGAAGAUCUCGUUGCCUUAGGAGAUUUACUUUAUGAGGAUCUUAUGAAAAGAGUACUUCUCGAGAUAGAAUUAAAACGUAUCAUCUUAGAAGAAAUGGAAAAUGUAGAAGCCGAAGAAAUUAAUACUGUCGAACACGGUACAAGGAAUAUUCGCCCAACUGAAAGGUUUAUACGUAAAAAAGAAGAUUUAGAGCAAUUACAGAAAAGCCAAAAUUAUAAUAGUAGAGCGUCAUCUGCUAUAAGCGAAGCCCAUGUUAAUAACGAGUUUGAUGUUGAAGUUUACGAUUACGAACCAGAGGAAAUGUCUUACAAGCAUAUAUCGUUGGCGGAAACUGUUAGUUUGGUUGUCAAACCAGUGAAACCAUAUUAUUUACCUUUGACUGAUGUGCUUUAUCCUGGAGAAGUCGACUCUACAUAUGACUUGAAAAAGUUUUUAAGGGGUGACUACUGCCUCGAAAGUGAUUUGCAAAACAAUCCGCCGAAAAAAAAUAUUGGAAAUAAGAUAUCGUUUGUAUCCGAAGUUUAUAAAUUCGACGACGAUUCUGAAAUAUCAUCAGUUGGAUCAAUCUCCUCGGAAGAUGAGCAAGAGAUAAGAAGAUAUCUAAAGCUCAAUGUCGAUCGAGUAAGUUUCGGCGGUGGCGUAAUAAGAAGUAUUGCGAGGGGUAUUGGUAAAUACAACAUCUUUGAAGACACGAGAAAAUCCGAAUUGAUUACUGAUGAGGAGCUAAGACGUUUUAGGCUAGCGUCUAUGGAUCGCCGUUCGAGAGAAAGUCAUGAUAAAAAGGUAUCAAUAAGCUUACCAACGAACAAUGCUUACAAAGAACCGACCAGGAUUAAAAGACGCCAGACAGGUUUCGUGAGACCUGAAGAUUUAGAAAAAAUCUAUUUAAUACAUAAACCCAGUUCACACGAUGGAGUCGAUCCAGAGGACGAAGGGUCGAUGACAGGAUCUCGAAAAGUCCGAAUCGUUGAAUCCGCUAUUGGCACCCAAACUAAGUUCACUCGAAAGCAAGCUGGUGCUGCAAGAUUGUCUGAUCUCACGGAGUCUGACGUAGAUGUUCGAAGAAAAUCAGCUCUCACGCGCUUGUAUGACAACUUGACAUUUGACAACGAAGUUGGACCAACACUAAAAGAGUACAAACCCACAGAUAGAGGAUCAUUUAAGAAGUUUAUCCUCAUACAGUCCCCUAUGACUCGUAUGAAGAAUGGCGAUUCAACAAAAAAUAAUUACUUAAGGACAUCUAUAACUAUAGACGAUAGUUCUUUUGAGCAAGUCCUUAACAUCCAACACGAUCGUAGGACCGCCCGGAAGAUUUCAUCUGAUUAUGUCAAAACCAUAGACCAAAUAGAGCAUCGAGGCGAAAGUUCUAUUAGAAGUGUUGAAUUCGCUAAAACGCGCCCGUCCUUGACGGUAUCUCAAUAUCAACAGAAAAAUAUUAAACAUCUACAAGAAAUACAAAACGCUGCAUUAAAGAAGAAAAAAUCAUCAACACGAAAUUCAGGUUCUAGGCAUUCGUUACAUGGCUUGCGCUUGCCGGGUGAUACUCCAUUAUAUUCCAUGACAGAAGUGGAUGAUUAUCAAAAAUAA